AUGAGUUGCACAAUUGAAAAAGCCUUAGCAGAUGCGAAAGCACUGGUGGAACGGCUAAGGGAACAUGACAACGCAGCAGAAGCUCUUAUUGAACAGACUACAGCUCUUAACAAGCGGGUUGAAGCAAUGAAACAGUACCAAGAAGAAAUUCAAGAGCUCAACGAAGUAGCAAGACAUCGUCCUCGGUCUACGUUAGUGAUGGGUAUCCAACAAGAAAACAGACAGAUUAGAGAGUUGCAACAGGAAAAUAAAGAACUACGCACAUCUCUUGAAGAACAUCAGUCUGCUUUGGAACUCAUAAUGAGCAAGUACAGAGAACAGAUGUUUAGGUUGCUUAUGGCCAGCAAAAAGGAUGAUCCAAGUAUAAUAAUGAAGUUAAAAGAGCAACAUUCCAAGGAGCUGCAAGUGCAUGUGGACCAAAUUACAGAAAUGGCAGCAGUAAUGCGAAAAGCCAUUGAAAUUGAUGAAAAGCAUGGCUGUAAAGAGCAGGAACGUAUCAUUCAGCUUGAGCAAGAAAACAAAGGCUUGAGAGAAAUUCUUCAAAUAACUAGAGAAUCAUUCCUGAACCUCAAGAAAGAAGAUGCAUCAGAGAGUACGUCUCUGUCAGGAUUAGUAACAAGCAGUGAUUUGAGCCUGAGGAAAAGCUAAAGACUGUGGAAAUCAACAAGCUUCAAUUGCACACUUUUCAAACAGAGUAUCAGGGGUCACUUGUCAAGCACUUGUUACUGAAUAGGGCACCAGCAAGCUAACGCAUCUUAAACUCCAGUUUAGUGGCUUUUAUACUGCGUAGAAUAAAUUAAAAUUGGUAUUCUACAAAAACCGUAGUGACAGAUUAAUUGCCAUAGAUCUAACUUCAGUCAGAAAUGGAUUAUUGCGCUUACUGAAUUGGGAUUUAUUUUUAUAUGAAGUCAUUUUACAGCUAAAAGACAAGAUUUCACAUAAUUUAUAUAAAUUAUUGCUCAUACAAAGUUUCACUGCACCUGUUAUAUAAUAAAGGUAAGAUUUAAAGUCUGAUCUCUGCUAAAAAGUAGUAAUUUAUGAAUAUGCUUUGUGCAUGAUCUACAUUACAUUUUUUCCUUUUAGUAAGUUUUUAAUAAAUUCUCAUUUUGCAACAAACCUGUUUAAUGGAAAGGGUACAUAGGCAGCAUAAAACUUAAAGAUUUCUGUUACUUAGCCAUGGGGUAUCCUGUUCAAAUAUAAGGCCAAUUGUUUAAACAUAAGCAAUGCUUUUGCUGUUGU